AUGCCGGCGUCGGACUCGAAGCCUGGAAGAGGUUCCCUUUUAGGGUUGUUCAAGGAGGUCUUCAAUUGGUAUCCGUCGGCUUAUCCUUCGGAGGAGAGAAGAUUGCUCUUCAAGCUCGAUGUAUCGAUUCUCGUAUUUGCUUGUCUUUGCUGUAAGGCUCCUCGUCAGACACCUCUGGGAUUCCUAGCUAACGGCCAAAGUCUUUAUCAAACGAACAUCAGCAAUGCCUAUGUCAGUGGUCUUAAGGAGGACUUCAAUCUCAACGGGAACGAACUCAACUACUUCAAUGUUUGCUACUACACCGCAUACGUGGUAUUCCAGGUCCCGGGUCUACUUCUGAUGUCGCGUCCAACGCUGGCUCGCUGGCUCCUUCCCGGACUUGAGGUCCUCUGGGGAAUAUGUACAUUUGCCCAGAGCCGCGUCACCAAUGUCGGUCAGCUAUAUGCCCUUCGGUUCCUCGUCGGCAUGCUGGAGGCACCGGUCUUUGCAGGAACCCAUUUCAUUCUGGGAUCCUGGUACUCUGGCCCCGAACUCUUCAAACGAGCCGGAACAUGGUUCGUGUGCAAUCCGCUCGGCACCAUGGUCAGCGGGUACUUGCAGGCGGCAGCGUAUACCAACCUGUCCGGGGUGGCAGGCAUGCCCGGGUGGCGGUGGCUGUUCAUCAUCGACGGCAUCUUCACCAUCCCCGUGGCCCUGUUGGGCGUCUUCAUCUUCCCUGGAAUCCCGGACUCGCCAAAACCGUUCUAUCUGACGGACAGCGACAUCGCCCUGGCCAAGGAGCGGGCCCGGAGGGCGAAUAUUCGUCGGCCGGGCAGGUUGGGGCUGGAUGUGUUCAAGCGGACGCUGAGCCGAUGGCAUAUCUGGGUAUUUAUGUUCUGCUAUGCAUGCAUGAUCAUCUCCUACUACCCCAGCAGCUACAUGAACCUCUGGCUCAAGGCCGAAGGGUACUCAGUGUCCCAGAUCAAUGAACUCCCCACUGUCGUCUAUGCCAUCAACAUCAUGGCCUCGUGGUUGGGGACGACCCUCGCCGCGAUCUACCCGACCUGGCUCAUCUAUACAAUUAUCACGGUGUGUUCGCUGUUUUCGACAUUAUGCAUGAUCAUCUGGAACAUUCCUACAGGACUGAAAUUCUUCGCAUGGUAUCUCUUCGGGAUCGCCGGAUGCGCAAGUCCCAUUUUAUAUUCGACCGUCAACACCAUCGUCAGCAAUGACAGUGAAGAACGAGCUCUGAUCCUGGGCGCUAUGAUGACAUUCGGCUACUCGUUCAACAUCUGGGUUCCUCUUCUUCUGUUCCCGACUGCCGGACCGUACGGAGCGCCGCGAUGGCCCAAGGGCUGGCCCGUCACGUUUGCUUUCUAUUUUCUUCUCUGGGCGGGUUUGAUUGCUGCGAUUGUGAUUCACAGACGUGAAUCACCGAAAAAGUCAGCUCUGUCGGAGAGUGAGGGGAGUCAGGAGGACGCGGAGACUAUUGUUGUUGGUGGAGAAGGGGAUGGGAAGAAUGGGAGGGAGGCGUGA